AGCCCCAUGCUUGUUUUUGUGGAGGACAUUGACAUAGUUUAUCUUUCCAGAAUAAGAUUAUUGUUACUUCAUUAAUAACUCUUUGUUUAUCUAUCUGAACCACUUUAUAACCCACUUCCUGGACUGGAGGAAGUGGAAACAGAGGCCAUGUAGACAAUUCCCUCAGCGUUCAUAGAAGGACAAUGGAAAAAGUUGCUGGUGAUCCUCCAACAAGAUCCUGAUUCUGUGUUAGACACAUUAAUCUCUCGGUGGGUGAUUUCUGAGGAAGAGUAUGAGACUCUGGACAGAGUUACAGAUCCCUUGAAGAAAAGUCGGAAGCUCUUAAUUUUGGUUCAGAAGAAGGGAGAGAUGAGCUGCCAGCAUUUCCUCAGGUGUUAUUUAAUACAUUUCCAGAGUCAGCUCCCUUCCUGGGACUUAAAACUUGAAUUUUUACAGCAUAUGCAUAUAACACCUCAAUUUAUCGAGGCGAACAAGAAUUCAGAAAAUACCAUUUCCUCCAAGAGGAAAGAACCUGGGACACCCAUGAUCACAGUGCUCUCUAGUGAGCAAGAACAGUCAAGUUUGAAGACCUCUGAGUUUUUCACAGAGAACAUGAAGGAAUGCCACACAUCAAACGUCACACUGUUGUGUCCCAUUGGAAAAGCUGACUCUGAAGUUUCAGUGAUUAUUACAUUCUUAAGGGAUGGGCAGAGAUAUGAGGAGUCAGAUGAUUCUUUAUACUUAGGAGCAGAGUAAUAUGAAGCACCUCUUGGAUUUCCUGAAGACACAGCCACUACUGUGAAAGAAGAAGAUUAUGAUGAUGCAGAGCAUACUGUGUAUGAAGGGGAAGAGGACUCCAAGUAUUCAGAAGCCAUGGGAUCAUCUGAUGAAGAAGAUCAUUGUGAUGAUUCAGAAAACAGCCUUUCACUGGAGGAGGAGGAGAAAGUUAUGGAAGAUAUGUAGAUAGGAUAUAUACAGUUAGAGAGGCAACAUCUC